AUGGCUCCCCGUGUGGGCCUCGCGGCGUUUGCGCUGCUCGCAAUGGUCGUGUUGGCGAACGCGGUGGAUGUGAAGAUCGGCUACAAGCCCAUCCUGCGCUCCUCCGCCUCUGUGCCGGGCACCCCGUUCAAGUUUGGCCAGGUGCUGACCAAGAAUCUGCGGCCGAUCUACACCGUCGACGAUGCUGGCGUGAAGACCAGCACGCCCCUCAUCAGCAACGAGCCCGACUUCAGCUCCCUGCACAAGGUCGGCUCUAAGCUCUUCCUCAUCACCCACUUCGAGUCGCCCCGCCCCGGUUCCAUGUACGUUGUGGAGCUGAACCAGGCGGCCAAUGGCACCCUGACGCCCAACGUCACCCCCUGGAACACCCGCCUGGCGGGAGAGGCCACCGACCUGGACAGCCUCAAGGAGCUGUUUGGCGGGUCGUGGGGCGAUGUGGAGGGCUUCAUGAAGUACUACGGCCUGUACCCCAACCAGCUCACCUUUGCUAACGUGAAGGCCAACUUCAACCCGUACCGCUACGGACACAUCGUGGAGAACACGAUCAAGAUGGAUGGCAGCGUGACUGUGGAGAAGUAUUACACCAUGGGGCGGGCCGCCUGGGAGCUUGCGUAUGUGAUGCCCGAUCGCCGCACCGUGUACAUCACCGACGACGGCACCAACGUAGCCUUCUUCAAGUUUGUGGCAGACAAGCCCGGCGUCCUGUCCGCCGGCAGCCUGUAUGCCGCCAAGUUCACCCAGACCGGCAACAUUGGCGGCGGUCGCUUCGACAUUGACUGGAUCCUGCUGGGCAAGGGCAAGAAUGGCGAGCUCAAGGCACUGGGCGAGUCCACCAAGUUCUCAGACAUCUUCGAGACAGCCUCGUUUGAUGCUGAGGCCAAGACCUGCCCCGCCGGCUUCAAGAGCAUCAACCAGGACGAUGUGGGCCCCGAGUGCCUGAAGCUCAAGACCGGCAUGGCCAAGGCGGCCGCCUUGCUUGCAGCACCCCUGCGGCGGCGGCAGCGGCAGCAAGCCGUGGACCCAAACGCCGUGCCGCCGCCGCCGCAGGCAGCACCCCUGCGACGGCGGCGGCAGCAAGCCGUGGACCGAAACGCCGUGCCGCCGAGUCCCGUGGCUGUGGCCACCCGGCGCUACGCCGCCAUGAAGGGCGCCACCACCGAGUUCUCCAAGUGA